AUGAAACGUUCCGGUGUUCAAGAUUUUUGGAAGAGCAUAACGGAACGUAGGAAUCAUGGGACAAACAUUGCUGCCAAUUCAAGUGAUGCAGUAGCUGGUGGUGUUUGUAAUGCCAUUUCGAACAGCAACCAAAGCUCCAGUGAUGUCUCUGUUAAUGUUGUCUCUGUGACGCCCAGCUUAGCACCGAGCUGUACAGAGAGUCAGGUGUCAGAUGGAGACAAAGCGGGUGCCACACUACUAUUCUCUGGAGUCUUCUUGGCUCUGGUUGGCAUGACAUUCACUGCCAUGGGGUGGACAAAUUACAAUGUCAAUCACAGCUCAGAGUGGACACAGCUAUUGGGGCCCAUUCUACUGUCUGUAGGAGGUACGUUUGUUCUCAUAAGUGUCUGCAAAUUCCGAAUGCUCUCCUGCCAGGCCUGCAAGCAGAAUGAUGGGGAGAGAACAUCGGAAACAGACCCUCUGCCGCCCCUUUCGGGACCAUCGUUUGUCUUCACUGGACUCAAUCAGCCCAUUACCUUCCACAGGGCCACGGUAGUCCAGUACAUCCCACCACCAUAUGCCUCUGUGGUACAGGACCAAAGUCUGGGCCCUGUUAAUGGUUUGCAUUCCAGUCACCAACCAAUAGCGGUUACAGUGAGCACACCACCACAGUAUUACAGUGUGUAUCCCAUGGAAAACCCUGCUUUUAUUUCCAGUGAACAUGACAAUGCUACGGCUGAACAAAGGGAAAGCAGGAAUUACAGCAGCUCAGAGGAAGAGGGAAAAACAACUAGGCCUACAGCAGACAGCGCCUUCUCUCCACCUGCAUACGAGGACCUUUUUGCCACCUCCUCUUGUGACUCUUGCUCCUGAUGAAUGAAACGUUGUUUUUCCUAAUAACUUUACAAACAAAGUUAAUAUGCUUGCUGCAGGUGUCGGCUACAGCAUUUGUGAAAUUGUGUUCCAUUAUUCUAAGGCUGGGACAGGGUGAACAUUACAUGAUGACGUUUUCUGAAUUUGGAAAGAAUUAGGUAUUUCACUACAGUUUCAAUUUUAAAAGAUACAGUAGCCUAUAGGGUACAACAGAGCUAAAGGUCCCCCUGGGUAAAGGCACUUUUGACUUUAUUUCAUCCCAAAACACUAAAUAGCAACAAAAACUACCACAGCACUUUUUUAAAUACCUGUUUGUGACUGCACUGCAAAUUUUCCUGAUCCAUGAGGUCUUUGUGUGCAAUGUCUAAAGGUACAUUUUUAGGUAAUUUGACCUAACAUUUAAUAAUUGCUGCACAUUUAUGUACAGCAGUUAAGUAAACUGAAAUUAUCACAUUUAUUUUGAGACAAAAUAUGUAUUCAUCAUUUUUCAGUUUUGUUCAAGGUGAUUAAGUCAAAUGUUUUUCAACAGCUGUACAAUAAUCAAAAGAAUAUUUUGGGGGUAAAAGCCCACAUGUUGCUGGGGCUAAAACCCUAUAAAUAAUAAUAAAAAAAUUCUUAAGUGGGGGAAGAUAUUUGCUAUUAAUAUAAAUUUGUUAGAUUUGUUAUAAAUGUGCAAACUGGGCUCACAUUGAAAUGGCAAAUGUGAUUGAAAUUGAAGGGAAAUGGUGCACACUUUUCUGAUGUGUUUUUAUGAAUAAGCAUUAUAUAAAUGUUUUAUUCAAAAAAGCAUCUUGCUGUAUCAAAAGUAUUUGCAUAAGUUUACAUAUUUGCAAUAGUAGCCUACAGUAUAACAUUGCCCCUAUAUAUUAGGCUACUAUAAUCCUCAGGCGGAAUUUUACCUCUGGGUGUUGGGUAUAAAAGGCCCCCUCGCCAUCUUUUAUUUAUUUAUUUAUUAUUAUUAUUAUUUUUUAGGAAUUUUAAUUAAAACAAACGUUAUUAUUAUUUUUUUUCAGACAAAUUAUGUUGAUCCAUCAAUAUAAAAAUAAAUGUUUUUGUUAUGAUGAUGAUGAUGAUGAUGAUGAUUAUAAAGUGGGACCAGAAAAAAGCAAAUUUUUCUUAAAGGGUGGUUCUAGCCCCAUUGUGCCACAUUACUCAUGAUGAUAUUGUUCUCAGCUCUCAGUGCGUCCACUUCAGCUUCUGAGAACUGCAUGGUACGUGCGAGCGUCCGGUGAGGGCCACAUGGGGGCAGAAAGAGUGUGGAAAUAAGGCAAAAUCCUGUUUCACCAACGCUGAGGAAAGGAGCCGAGUUUUUAUUUUACAAAGAGUACCUACUAAAGGCUAUAUUUGUUUCAGUAGCUGUGAACGUACGAGAAUAAAUUUGAUCACGUGAUCAAAUUGUGAACUUUUGCAAAACUGCAAGCACACAAGUGACAGCAUUUUCCCUAUGGGUUAACCUAGUUUAACCUUUAGGUUAUUUGAGUAUGACCAGUAAACUCAGCUGUGCUAUAGGCUAACUUGCCUUGUGUGGAACCUAUACGUUUGAAGCAUUUGGAAUCAGGAACACAAAAUAAAAUG